CUGCAGAAGCUGCAGCAGGAGCUGGAAUUCCUCGAGGUGCAGGAGGAGUACAUCAAGGAUGAACAGAAGAACUUGAAGAAGGAGUUCCUGCACGCCCAGGAGGAGGUGAAGCGUAUCCAGAGUAUCCCCCUGGUCAUCGGGCAGUUCCUGGAGGCCGUCGAUCAGAACACUGCCAUUGUGGGCUCCACCACCGGCUCCAAUUACUACGUGCGGAUUUUGAGCACCAUUGACCGGGAGUUGCUGAAACCGAACGCGUCAGUAGCUCUGCACAAACACAGCAACGCCCUGGUCGAUGUGCUGCCCCCAGAGGCUGACAGCAGCAUCAUGAUGCUGACCUCAGACCACCCCACCCCCACCCCCCCUCACGGUCGGUCCCCUCAGACCCCACCCACCUCACGGUCAGUCCUGGGGCAGGCCCGUGCUGAACAUGUUUUGUUUUUGUUUUUCCCCCAGAUUGGGAUUGACCCUCCACGCGGGGUGCUGAUGUAUGGCCCCCCGGGCUGCGGGAAGACUAUGCUUGCUAAGGCUGUCGCCCAUCACACGACAGCUGCCUUUAUCCGUGUCGUGGGUUCGGAGUUUGUGCAGAAGUACCUGGGUGAAGGGCCCCGCAUGGUCCGGGAUGUCUUCAGGCUGGCCAAGGAGAACGCUCCCGCCAUCAUCUUCAUCGACGAGAUCGACGCCAUAGCAACCAAGCGCUUCGACGCCCAGACAGGAGGUACACCCCCC